AUGGAUGACUACCAGCGGCAAAUUACGGCAAAUCGCCCUAAGCGAAGCCAGUGUGACAUCUGUAUGGACCCCAUUUUCUACUUCUCCCUGCACAACGUCGUCUAUGCAGACUGCUGCCACAUGGGAUUCGCCCAUAAGACCUGCAUGCGAAAAUACGCCCUAAGCGCAGGAUAUUACUUGCGCUGCAUUUGGUGCCGAUCAGUUAAGUUUCGAGAGACCGUGCGCUUGCAGUCGAUUUUCGUGCCGGAUCGCGAUGCAAAAUGGGAGCUGCAGAAGAACGCCUAUCGAGAGCUUCACGAGCACAAAGUGAGCUGCGACUUGAUAGAAUGCAUUUGCCCCAGGGGCAGGGAUCACAAUAAUCAGAGCUGGCUAACUUUGGCCUGUAAGCUGUGCGCCUCCACGGGCGCACAUGCCAAGUGCUUGGCGGGUACGCUGCGCCUGAACAGGCAAACCCAGCCCACCGAAUUUAAGUGCGAUGAACAGAGGGCCACGUGGAUGGAUCAUUUUUUGUUAUAA